UAAUAAUAUCGGAUCGGACAAAAUUGCUGUUUUUUAUGUUUUGAAUUAACAAAAAUACCGCAAAUUAUACUUAAAUUUCAACAAAUUACACUGGACGAUAUUGAACAUUCACAUUAGCUACAAUUAUGAAUAAAAAACAUUCAAAGCGCAGUUCGCAAAAGAUUGCGAAAGAACAAAAUAUUAAAGUGAAAAACAUAAAACACCAAAUAAAUGAACUUACUGAUGUGUCACUCACGGGUUCUACGGAAUUGCAAUUGAAAAGCUCUGAAAAAGCCAAACGCAGGUACGUGAGAACCCGUGCCGUUCAAGCUAAUCCCGAAGACAUCGACAAAAGCGAUUGUAUCCCUAGGGUUGAGGGUGAAAACGAAACAAUCGUUCCGGUGGUGGGAGAAACUGUUGCUCCACAAUGUCGGUUCUGCUUGCGUCGCGUACUGCGGGGUAACUUGAAAAUAAUCCUCACGAAGCACAAGCCCAAAGUUCUGGCAGCAUUCAAGAUAAAAAUAUUCCCUGGCGAUGCGUAUCCGCUUGCCUGCUGCAAUUGUCUCAAUCUGCUGGAGAUAAUGCUAGAUUUCAAGGAAGCCGUGUUGAAAGCGAAAAAUUUACUGCUGAGCGAACGAAUGUACCUCGACAGCAACGGUUGGGAUGAUCCCGAUUGCGUGGAGGCAAUUGCCAAAUGUAAGACGGUCGUAGAGCAGCACAAAAAGGAAAUUGAUUGCACAUACCAAGAGGUCAUGAAGAGAAAGACAGCUACUGAAGUAAUGGCAGAAGACGAGAGUUAUGGUGACCCACCGAGUGAGCCAUUCCUUGUGGAAUCUGAAAACCACUUCGAAUGCCCAGAAUCACUAACGGAAGAAAUCGUACAGACCGUCGAGCCCAUUCCAAACGACAAAGAAGUAAAACAGUCUUCGAGUCCUUUUCAAAUUGACAUCAAAGAUGAGGGUGACGAUUCAAACCUUUUACCAUCGAUGGAAAUGAACGAUCUGGAUUUUACGGUGAGCUUACAGAAACCUAAAAGAAUCAAAAAAGAAAAAAAGGCGAAGAAAACGGGGAGCAGCAGAAAAUCUCUGAAAAAAGAUUCAUCUGUUAAGGAACAGUUGUCGCGCUCGGAAUUGUGCGAUCUAUGCGGACAGCGCGUGUGCUUUCAGGCGGUGGAAUCACACAAAAACCGUCAUCUAGGAAUUAAGCCCUACACGUGCCCAGCCGAGGGUUGUGGUUUGAGUUUUUACAGCCGAUUCAAUCAGGUCAAGCACGUGAAACGAAUUCACGGUGAAAAUGGGGUUCCAACGCACAAGUGCGAUAUCUGCGGAACGCACAUCCGAGGAGCGCUGAACGUACUGAACUGGCACAAGCGUAAGCACGACGAAGUGAAGCAACACGUUUGUCAGUUUUGCGGCAAGGCUUUCACCAUACGCCAGUACCUGCGACAGCACGUUACCGUAGUGCACACGGAGGUGUUUCCGCACGAAUGUCGCUAUUGCGGUAAAAAGUUUAAACUGAAAUGGAGUAUGUGGGCACACGAAAAGAAUGUCCAUGAAAAGAAACAGCAGCCUGUCUCGAUGCCGGCGGAGCCGCAGGCGGCCAGUUGUGAGGCACAACCAAAAACGGAAUGUAUUUACAACUAA